AUGACGGCAAGGCUGCGACGGCAGUUCGUCCAUCAGUGGGCGCUGGGGCUCGUUGUGGGCAGUUUCGAGGGUUGUGGCUCUCGACGCGGUGCCGAACUUGUUCAGCGGAGGCCGCUCGCUCUGGUAUACAGCGGACGCUGGUCCUUGCGGAACCCUCGCCUGUUCUGUCCUGUUCGGACCGAAAGGCAGUUUUCUGGUCGGGUACUUCUCAGUGAAGCAAGCGGCAGAGAGGGAGAUGCCAAAAAGAGUCAGGCAGUGGCUACAGAGCCGAGUCAGCAAACUCCCGCGGGACGCGAUAGCGCAGCACCGUGGUGGCGUCGCCUCCAACGAGCAUGGGAGACAUUUCGAGAAGGUGCACGCACCUACACUCGCGGAUCUCUACAACUGUAUCGGAAUAUGAAGCAGGCGGGACAACUGGAGAAGCGUUUAUCGAAAGGAGGCCACGAGGCGCUCUCCUAUCCGGAGCAUUUGCUCCUCAUUCAGACCCGUCACGAUCGCUUGCGAGCGUUCCUGCUGCUCUCCGUGAGCCUCAUCUCGACGGCAUUGAUCCCCGUCCUAGCCGAAGCGAUACCGGGCUUUAAACCGACAACAUUCACCACCGAAGAGGACCGCCAGAUGCAAUUGCGGAUGCAAGGGAUCCGCUACAUUGAGGCCCAUCUGGUGCUGUGGCGUGCGCUCGCUACCCGUACCGACCCAGAAGUGAGUGCGAACGCCCUAGGAACCUUUCCGUGUGUUGAAAGCAUCGCUGCGGAGACGCUGGACGGUGCUCUGCGCUCGUGCAGCCGACCAGAGUUGAUCGCCCUCUGCAGGCUGUUCGCACAACCCGCGUUCCCGAUAUCGUUCUCACGUUCGCUGCGGAAGCGGCUUGCACGACAUUUUACGGAACUCGCGUGCCUUGAUGAUGCGCUCCAGCGGGACGGGCUGCAGACUCUUACGCAAUCACAGCUCGAGGAUGCCUGUCUUAUGCGAGCGUUGCCCGCGUAUGAUCGCUCGGGCGAUGAAAUGCGUGGGGAUCUGGAGCUGUGGCUCCAAAGGUCACGCCACGGCACCCGGGAACUCUUUCAAAUGAUUGCCGAUACGCAUCUACAGAAUGCAGCGCUGUUAGGUUGGAGUGCGCCCCUCCUGAGGCACGCGCUCGGCGAACAUCGCUAG